GAAUGUGCGGAUCAAGCAGCGUUUAGCGGCCACAGGACGCUGCCGCCAUAGACCUAGAAUAACUGCGAGGACCAACAAAUUACGAACGACGUUUCAUAUCAUUGUACAUUUCCGUAGAAAUUUGAAUCAUGACUUCAUCCACCCGAAGGCAUAAAGGUCGAGAGACAACGGUUGGGAACCUAAAAGAACAUUAACAUGAGGACGUUUCCCAGAGGCCCCAGUAAAGCACAUCCUGUCCAUUUCCCUGUAUAGUGGUCCCCACUGGCAGAGGAUUGCUUUCUACUUGCAGACACUUUCACUACUCAGUGGCAUAUCCACACCCUGGGUGAGAUAGAGUACAGACACUAGACCACAGGAGAAAGUCAACACUUUCUUACAACGCACUCGCUCUCCCAGGCCUUUUAUCCCUCUCAGAGAGCCCCUCCCUGGGGUCAUGCCUAUCCUACUCACUGCCGACGCCUCCUUCAGCUCCAAGCAGGAGCUGCUGGACCUCCAGGACGGCCCUAUGUGCCCCUCCCUAGAGACACCCAGCCCUGUAGACUCUCAGGAGGACAGCCCAGUGGGUUCAGGCCCCGGCAGCGCCGCUGGAAACAGCCCCGCUCGCCACAUCAUCCUCACCCGGGCUGCUACCCCGCUGCCUGGACAGCUUUACACGGGCCAAGCACCCGCGGAGACCCCACUGGGCCUCACAUUCAUACCCACACACUCAGAAGGCCUGUGUGGCUGGGGGGCUCUGACGCCCCGAGUCAUCCAGAGCUUCAACACCCCUCGCUGGGUACUGUUCUUCCUGUGUGUGGCCUCCUUCCUCCAGGGCAUGAUCAUCAACGGCUUCAUCAACACCGUGGUGACCUCCAUAGAGAGACGUUUUGACCUGCGUAGCUACCAGACCGGUCUCAUCGCCAGCUCCUACGACAUCGCUGCCUGUGUGUGCCUGGCCUUCGUCAGUUACUUUGGUGGGACGGGGCACAAGCCUCGCUGGCUGGGCUGGGGGGUGCUGGUCAUGGCGCUAGGAUCUCUGGUGUUCGCCCUGCCUCACUUCACCACUUCCCCGUACCAGGUAAGCAUGCCCGAGCAGACAGGGGUGUGUACGGGGAACCGUACCAGACGUUGCCAUGAUAACGAGGGUGGGGGCCUGUCCAGCUACCGCUUUGUCUUCAUGCUGGGCCAGUUCCUGCAUGGGGUGGGAGCCACGCCCCUCUACACUCUGGGCGUCACCUACCUGGACGAGAACGUCAAGUCCAGCUAUGCCCCGGUGUACAUCGGGAUCUUCUAUACAGCAGCCAUCGUGGGCCCAGCUGCAGGGUAUCUUCUAGGAGGAUACUUCCUCAACAUCUACACAGAGAUCCACAUGACGACGGAGCUGACUCCAGAGAACCCUCUGUGGGUGGGGGCCUGGUGGAUUGGCUUCCUGGCAGGAGGCGCAGCAGGGCUGGUUGUCGCCCUGCCCAUCCUGGGUUACCCACGCCAACUACCAGGCUCUCAGAAGUAUGUGGCCAUGCGUGUGUCUGAGACCCACCAGCUGAAAGAUGGCAGUCAGGCCAGUGCAUCAGACCCUCAGUUUGGGAAGUCAGUGAAAGACAUGCCCAGGUCAGUGUUGCUCCUGCUGAAGAACCCUCCCUUCCUCUUCCUGUGUCUGGCAGGGGCCACAGAGGCCACCCUCAUCGCUGGCAUGUCCACCUUCGGCCCCAAGUUCCUAGAGUCUCAGUUCAGUCUGAGUGCAUCAGAGGCAGCCACCUGGUUUGGCUACAUGGUGGUACCCGCGGGUGGAGGGGGCACUUUCCUGGGUGGCUACAUCGUGAAAAAGCUGAACCUCCGUUGCCGUGACAUCAUUAGGUUCUGCAUGGUGUGUGCCGUCAUCAGUCUUCUUGCCAUCUUCAUCUUCCUCAUCCGCUGUCCCAACGUCCCCAUGGCCGGGGUGACUUCCCCCUACCGCAGCAACCUGCCACCGGGUCAUCAGUACAAUGAACAGUACUAUGAGCCAGCCCACAACCUCCACAACAGUUCUUGGUUGGGGGACAACCUGAUGGUGGGCUGUAAUGCAGACUGUCACUGUUUACGAGAGCUCUAUAACCCAGUCUGUGGAUCCGAUGGUGUGAUGUAUUACUCCCCUUGCCAUGCAGGCUGCAGCACAGUCAACCACACGGAGGUCUCCACAGGUAGACAGGUGUACUCGGGCUGCAGCUGUGUGGUGGGGGGGAACGUCACGUCGGGGCAGGAGGGUCUGGCUCUGGAUGGGAAGUGCACCAGCUCCUGUAGUCACAUGCCAGCCUUCCUCACCUUCCUCUUCAUCAUCAUCUUCUUUACCUUCCUGUGUAGUAUCCCCGCCCUCACUGCUACCCUCAGGUGUGUCCCAGACAGCCAGAGGUCCUUUGGACUGGGAAUCCAGUGGAUCGUGGUGAGAAGUCUAGGUGGGAUCCCAGGCCCGAUAGCGUUUGGCUCUGUGAUCGACAUCUCAUGCCUGCUUUGGCAGGACCAGUGCGGAGAGCAGGGCUCCUGCUACCUCUACCAGAACUCUGCCAUGAGCCGCUAUACACUCAUCGCUGGCAUCAUCUACAAGGUUCUCGGCAUGAUGUUCUUCCUGCUGGCCAGUGUUCUGUACAAGCCCCCUCCAGAGUCGCCCCAGAGCAGCUGUGAGAGCACCGACCACGGGGCAGGGGAUAGCGGGGGAGAGACGGGGGACCUCUCCAUCAAGGACCUUCCACCAAAAAUCAUCACCAAUUUCCAGGUCUAGGAGAUGGAAGGAUGGUUCAAACCGUAGCCCUCUUCUCCUGCAGCCUGUGAGGCCUACUGUCCAACGUCAGUCUGACAAUGUUAUUACCGUGGAGCGCUCUCCUAAUGGCGAAGGAAGGUCGUUGGGCUGAAGUGUGCUGAGGCGCCAGUGAGAGUCAUUGGCCAAUGCCUCUCAUUGGUUUCAUCUAAGCCCCCCCCCCCCCCCCAUACCAGUCAGGAGACUUUGAUCUGAACACCGUGGACUAUAUGCUGCUCUGCUGCUAUGGAGACGGACCACAACACAGUGCCUUCAAGAGCUGAGGGGGAGUCAAGACCGAUAGGUUUACUGUGUGUGUGUAUUGUAAGUGUGGAUGUGUUUAGAGAUGAAACGAAUGCAUGAAGAGGAGGCUCGGUAUGUGACUGUGUUUUAACAUGCCUCCGUUAUAUUACGCUCUACUGUUGCUGUUGAAUGAAGAAGAAGCAUACAAGCUAAACAGCAGAGUGGUGCUUUGUUGCAUUGCCAUGGAUUGAGUUUUCACUGCAAGAUUACCGUGUACAUUUCUGUAAAUACGUAUUAUGUACCAACCAUCACCUUCUUUGUGAUUUACCAAUCCAUUUACCUUAUCCAAUUCUGUUGGACGUUAACUUCAAUCGGCUUCGUGCUUACUGUGUGUGUCCUCGUGUACUGUGUCCUCAUGUACUGUGUACUGUGAUAUGUAUUACUUUCCGACCACACGUGUAUUACAGUUUUUCCCAAUUGUUA